AUGAGUUUGAGUGCCCUGCACUUUAAACUGGUUUUGCUGGUCUGCACGGCGGCGGCGGCGGCGGCCCAAACGAAACGCGGUUGCGAAGACACUUGUGGGAACGUGAGCAUCCCCUAUCCCUUUGGCACCAGCAAGAACUGCUACAUGAAUGAAAGGUUUUUCGUGAACUGCACAACCACCACGACAUCAUCUGGACAAGCCACAACAAGUUUGAUUUACGGUAUUAACUUACCAGUUCUGGACAUCUCCAUUGAUCCUCCUGAAUUGACCUUCUCGGAUAAUGUUUCCAACCACUGCUAUAAUUCAAAGAAUGGGUUUCCGUGGCACGUAAUUUGGUUCAGGAACUUUUCAAUAUCAAACACGAAGAACAGCUUCACGGUGGUGGGCUGUGACACCUACGCUUACUUCCAGGACCUGAACAGCAGCUUUACAACAGGCUGCAUGUUGAGUUGCACGAGGAGGACGAGGUUCGAGGAGGGGGCAUGCUCCGGUGUGGGAUGCUGCCAGACCAAUUUCCCCCAAGCCAUCAAGAAUUAUAAUAUCACCUUGAUGAGUUUUAGCAACUACACGGACGUGCAUAACUUCAACCCUUGCGGUUAUGCCUUUGUUGCCAAGGAAGGAUCCUUCAACUUCUCAAAACGAGACCUGCUAGAUCUGGGCAACAGAAGACAGUUUCCCGUUGUUGUGGAUUGGGCUGUUGCCAAUCAGACAUGCCAUGAAGCCCAGAAAGAUCAGAGCAGCUAUGCCUGCAAGCAAAACAGUACAUGCAAAAGCUCAGAAAGUGGUAUGGGGUACUACUGCGUUUGUAAAGAAGGUUUCACAGGCAACCCCUACCUGUCUCACCCCGAUCCUGGCUGCAAAGAUACUAACGAGUGCGAUGACGGGAAGCAUCGCUGCAGCAGGAGAUGCCACAAUGCGGAAGGAAGUUACACGUGUUCUUGUCCGCCGGGUUACAGAGGCGACGGCUAUAUCGACGGAUCAGGCUGCAAAUUCCCUUUCAUGGAAAUCUCAUUGGGCAUUUCUGUUGCCUUGCUUUUUGUCUUCACAUUUGUCUCCACAUUAUGCUGGGGACACAAGCAAAGAUCACUAAAACAACUUAGAAGGAAGUAUUUUGAGCAAAAUGGAGGAAAUUAUCUGCUGCAGCAAAUUUAUCAACAACAAGGACAUACUGAUAGAGCCAAGAUUUUUUCUGAAGAUGAGCUUAAAACUGCUACAAACAACUUUGAUGAAAGUAGAAUUCUUGGCCGUGGAGGACAAGGCACAGUUUAUAAGGGUAUAUUACCAGAUAACACGCUUGUUGCCAUCAAAAAGUCCAGAAUAGGUGGGGAUCCUAGACAGAUUAAGGAUUUUAUCAAUGAAGUGGCUGUACUUUCCCAAAUUAACCAUAGGAGUGUGGUCAAACUUUUUGGGUGUUGUCUUGAAACGGAAGUUCCUUUAUUAGUUUAUGAGUACGUGGACAAUGGCACCCUUCUUGAACAUAUAGACCCACUAAAGAAUGAGCAUCCUCUUUCAUGGGAGACUAGAUUAAGGAUUGCUGUAGAAACAGCCGAAGCCAUCUCAUAUUUACACUCUGCUGCUUCUAUUCCAAUUAUUCAUCGCGACAUUAAAUCUGCCAACAUACUAUUAGAUCACAAUCAUAGGGCAAAAGUUUCUGACUUUGGAGCCUCAAGACUUAUUCCUCUUGAUGAAACUCAAGUUACCACCGUCGUCCAAGGAACAUUAGGAUAUUUGGAUCCAGAAUACCUCUUUACGGGUCAAUUGAAUGAGAAAAGUGAUGUUUAUAGCUUUGGGGUUGUGCUUGUGGAGCUAGUCACCGGAAAUAAAGCAGUUGACUUCAACAAGCCAGAACAAAGAAAUUUGGCUAUGCACUUUGCAUCUUCACUGAAAGAAGACAACUUGUGGGAAAUUCUUGACAAGCGAGUGUUAGAUCAAAAGAAUGAAGAGCAGCUAAAAGAAGUUGCUUUCUUGGCAAGGAAAUGCAUCAGGGUUAAUGGAGAGGAAAGGCCGACUAUGAAAGAAGUAUCAAUGGAACUAGAGGGUCUAAUUUCUAUGGAAAAACAUCCUUGGGGAAAGCAAGAUGAUAUGAUGUCUGAGGAAUGUGAAUACUUGCUUGGUCAUGUAGCUGAUGGAUACGGAAAUGCUAACGCUAGCACUUCAACUGUCUAUGAUAGCAUACAGAGGAAAAUAGCAUUUGAGAUUGAAGAUGGGCGAUGA